AUGCCUUCCGUUCACUCCAAGUUUAUGGAUGAGGAAGCCGAACAGCGCAAGAAGGUUGCCAAGAUGUGGGCUCCUGCUAUCUCUUUCUUCUCCGAUAAAAGGAGGAAGGGCAAGUCAUCCCAGGGUGACGAGGAUGAGGACUCCACCAACGUGCGCACCUUCAGUGUCCCAUUGGACCCAGACACGCCCGAAGAUGAUGACAAAAAGAAGCAGUACUACACGGUCAAGCUUCCAGUCUUCGAAAUGGGUGAUACACCAGAAGAAUGGUGUGAAUGGAGGUUCAAUAUUGAUGACCUAAUCAAAACAUUGGGAUACACCAAGACGGCUCAGAUCGUUCGUGUCCAGCGCAGCCUUCUCAAAGGCAAAAGCGCCGAGCUCUACCAGAGCUUCUACAACAAGCGGUUCUCCCGCAAGGUUGAGAAGGAAGAUCAGCAGAGGAUGGCCUUGAACAAAGUCUUGAACGACAUGGCCUUGAAAAUCUUUGCUGAUGGAGCCUGGGCAGCUCGUUCCCAGAAGCGCUACAUGCGCAAUAAUCUAUUCAUGGGCAACAUGGAUCCGGAGAAAUUCGCGGACCGCCUUGAAAAGCUAAACGAUUAUUUGAAAUAUUUCCCCAUUGACAAGGUGGAAAUGGAACAUCCCCCAAACAAGAAACUUGAUUGGGAUGAACUGGUUGACAUCAUGGACUAUUCCACGCCUAGGCGCUGGCACCCCUUGAUGCUUAGCCAGGGCAAGCAGCCUCACCUAUUCAGAAGCUUCAGCGAAGCAGUGACGUACUACCAACGCCUGUACAAAUCCAAUCAACUCUCCCGCAAGCUAGCCGAAGCCGGAAGGUUCAUUGGAGGUGGUGGUGGUCACAGUGGUGGUGGCAGUAGCGGAAAAAGGCGCCGCGGUGGCCAUAACAAUGGCAAGGACAAUAACACGUCCAACCAGAAGGAACGCACUCCGUGCAGCACUUGCGGAAAAAUGCACCGUGGAAAGUGCUGGCACAGCGAGGAUUCUGGAAGCGGCAGCCGUCCUAACAAACGUGCUAAGUUCCAUUCCAACAAAAAUAAGAGUGGUAAGCCACAAUCCUCCCAUGUCAUGAUUGAGACUAAAGAUCUCAAGAAGCUUGUUGCUAACCAAGCCAAGCGCCCCCAUCAGGAUGAAGAAGAAUCCGUAGGCAGCUUUGAUAAUAUCCUAGCCAGCCUUUCCAUCGCUGGUGACAAGAAAGACAAAAACGAAGAUUAA